AUUUAGAUCGCCGAAGACCCAAAACGAAAACAUCGUCGCGUGUUCUAAACCCGCCAGGGCUCGCACGCACAUUGCGGCAGAGGAGCAUUCUGUUCUUUGGAUUUUCGCUUCGGUGAGAAAGAGAUUGUAGGCGGCGCUGCCGGAGACUGAAAUUUCCGACAGGAACUACGUGAUGGGAAGAGGGAGACACAGAGGUCGUUCCCAGAGAAAGCAUUACAAAGACAGUCGAGAAAAUGUCUGGAAACGCCCGAAAUCCGAUGCUCCCGUUGAUUCCGACAACCCUGCCCCUGCCUCUGAAAACCCUGGCUGGGCGCCGCUUAUUACGGAGAACCCUGCGUUUGAGGAGUACUACAAGGAGCAAAGGAUAGUGAAACCAGAAGAGUGGGAUUUGUUCAUGGAAGUUCUUCGAAAGCCCUUGCCUGCUGCGUUUAGAGUCAACUCAUAUGGCCAAUUUUGUGAUGACAUUCUAUCAAAGUUAGAAAACGACUUCAUGAAAUCUCUUCAGGCUGAGGCCAUAGAGGGUGGUGAAUCGGAGGCUAUCAAGCCGUUGCCUUGGUUCCCGAGAAAUCUUGCUUGGCAUUCUAAUUUUUCUCGCAAGCAGAUUAGAAAAGUUCAGACACUUCAAAGGUUUCAUGAGUUUUUGAAACUAGAAAAUGAAGUCGGAAAUAUAACCAGGCAGGAGGCAGUGAGCAUGGUGCCACCUCUCUUCCUCGACGUUCACCCAGAUCAUUUUGUACUCGACAUGUGUGCUGCACCUGGUUCCAAAACGUUCCAGCUGCUCGAGAUAAUUCACGGUUCAUCAGAACCAGGAACGCUACCUAAUGGAAUGGUCGUAGCAAACGAUGUUGACUUCCAAAGGUCUAACCUUCUUAUUCACCAAACAAAAAGAAUGUGCACGGCCAACCUAAUUGUCACUAACCAUGAAGGACAACAGUUCCCUGGUUGCCGCUUGAGCAAGGGUUCUUCCAGAGUCGCAGAGAAAGGAUUGAGUGGCGGAGAUUUGGAUCUUAACCAGCUUUCCUUUGACCGUGUCCUGUGCGAUGUUCCAUGCAGCGGUGAUGGUACCCUCCGCAAGGCUCCAGACAUCUGGCGGAAAUGGAAUUCUGGAAUGGGCAAUGGACUCCAUGGUCUACAGGUUUUGCUUGCCAUGAGAGGCUUAUCUCUGCUAAAAGUCGGUGGGAGAAUGAUAUACUCAACCUGCUCAAUGAACCCAGUCGAGGAUGAAGCUGUUGUUGCCGAGAUCCUGAGGAGGUGUGCAGGCUCUGUUGAGCUUCUAGAUGUCUUGAACGAGCUUCCUGAACUUAUUCGGAGGCCAGGUCUUAAGACAUGGAAGGUGCGUGAUAAAGGUGCCUGGUUCACUUCUUACAAAGACGUUCCCAAGUAUCGGAGAGGUGGAAUCCUUCAGAGCAUGUUUCCUUCUGGGAAAAGUUAUAUGGAAAACCCUGAGAACGGCAGUGGUGAUGGCUGUCAAGGUGGAUGCAAAGAAACAGAGAACGCAGAAGCUGCUUCAUCUGAUGAAUCGGUUGAGGAAAUUUCUAAUCUCCCCCUCGAACGCUGCAUGAGGAUAUCGCCUCAUGAUCAGAACACUGGAGCCUUUUUCAUCGCAGUCCUUCAGAAAGUCUCUCCCUUGCCAGAGCUACAGGAGAGAACAAAUCCACGAAAAAACUUGUCUACCCGGAGUGAUGAAUCAUCGGCAAAGUCUCCUGAUGCAAAAGAGGAUGCAGAGGAAAAAGUUUCAGAGGCAGCAUCGAGCAACGACCUUUCAGACAGCAAAGCAGAUGGAGAUGAUGUAAUAGAGCCUGAGAACAAAAAGGCAGAUGGAGAAUCAGUCGUGGAAGAAACUCAAGUACCCGACGGUAAAGAAACUAACACAGCUAACACAGGAGGCAAGAGAAAAUUACCGAUGCAAGGGAAGUGGGUAGGUUUCGACCCUGUUGUCUUCCUGAAAGAUGAUACGGUAAUCAACAGCAUCAAGUCAUUUUACGGCAUCAGAGAGUCCUUCCCACUGCACGGUCAUCUCGUGACGAGAAACAGUGAUACAAGCAGCGUAAAGAGAAUUUAUUAUGUCUCAAAAUCAGUUAAGGAUGUUCUUGAGCUGAAUUUUGCAGUCGGGCAGCAGCUAAAGAUUGCCUCCGUCGGCCUCAAGAUGUUUGAGAGGCAGUCGUCGAAAGAAGGAACAAGUGUGCCAUGCUCGUUCCGAAUAUCGUCAGAGGGGUUGCCGACGAUACUUCCGUACAUCACGAAACAAAUACUGUAUGCGCCGUUGGCGGAUUUCAAACAUCUACUGCAAUACAAAUCGAUCAAGUUCCCAGAUUUUGUGGAUCAAGAACUGGGUCAGAAAGCAGCCAAUCUGGUGAUGGGGUGCUGCGUGGUCAUUCUCAACGAUGGAACCCAGUCGGGGACGGAACCAGUGAAGGUGGAUGGAUCGACGAUAGCCAUCGGAUGCUGGAGGGGUAAGACCAGUUUGGGCGUUAUGGUUGCACCCGCUGACUGCCAGGAACUGCUCGAGCGGCUUAACGAUAGAACUCCGAGUGUCGAAGAGGUGGAAUCUAGUCCAGUAAAUAGAACCAAUGGCGAGACUGGCUGCCCUCUUGACGUGGAAACAGCAUGAAAUGAAAGCCUCCCCCCGGACAUGAACGAACUCCGAGGUUGUACUCUUUUGUUUCUGUUGUGGUUUUUCCGAUAAUUUGCAAUUGCUUUUUAUGUUUGUCAAUCAAUAAUGUCUCUGAUGGAUGAUUACGGAGAAAAGACGAACAAUUCUAUUGUUCGAAUUGAAAGUUUCUUAUCCAAAAACCCAUUGAUAUUAAAGACUAAACAAGCUGGUGAUUAUUCGA